AUGGGAACACCGAUCUUGUGCAAUACUCCUCACGUGCGCAAGCCCGGCGAACUCGAUCCUGCUGCGACGCGCGAAGUCCAUUGGGCCAUUCCUCAUCAAGCGGCCCAUCAACGAAGAGACCUCGCUACCGAUGGCCAACGGUAUCAUCCCUACGGGCGAGCCUGGCGGCUAACGCCUCAUUCACAUCCGUUUGAGCUUCUGCACGCCACGCGCCAUGCUACGACGCAAUCUCUACGGCAUCCCCUGCCAGUCAAUCCGACUAGGCGCGUGAUGUCCACACAGCUCGUCGACGCGGAGCCAGCCAUUACGCUAUUGACCCAGCUAUGA